AGCGACCGAGUCGACGUGGAAGCUGGUGGUGGCGGCGGCGGCCUGGGGCAGAGAGGACCGGGCAGCGGCGGCACCAUGGGUGGCUUUUUUUCCACUAUCUUUUCCAGUUUGUUUGGCACUCGGGAGAUGAGAAUCUUAAUAUUGGGACUAGAUGGGGCAGGAAAAACAACAAUUCUGUACAGGCUACAAGUUGGUGAAGUUGUUACCACCAUCCCCACAAUUGGUUUCAAUGUUGAGACAGUAACGUACAAGAAUCUAAAGUUUCAAGUCUGGGACUUGGGAGGACAGACGAGUAUCAGGCCAUAUUGGCGGUGUUACUAUUCAAAUACAGAUGCAGUCAUUUAUGUAGUAGACAGCUGUGAUCGAGACAGAAUUGGCAUUUCAAAAUCAGAACUUGUUGCUAUGUUGGAGGAAGAAGAGCUGAAAAAAGCCAUUUUAGUGGUGUUUGCAAACAAACAGGACAUGGAGCAGGCCAUGACGCCCACAGAAAUGGCAAACUCACUGGGCCUACCAGCUUUGAAGGACAAAAAGUGGCAGAUUUUCAAAACCUCUGCAACCAAAGGCACUGGGCUUGAUGAGGCAAUGGAAUGGUUGGUGGAGGCCUUGAAGAACAGGCAGUAAAUCAACCUUGCCACAUGAUGGUUAAACACAUCCAAGCAUCCCUUUCUUUACAGUCAAGCAAGUUAAUGCCACACACUGUAAAUAAGACUGAUGGAAUUGACUCUUGUAAAGGGGGCUGACUUGUCUUGUAAACAUACACUGAAGCAACUGAAUGUGUCUGUAUUAUAUUAAAAUACUCCUUCCUUGCUCUCCUGUAUCAAGGUAUGUACUUAUGUUAAUUUGUAUGGAAGACUUAAUUGAAAAUAGACUGAGACAGGCUAGAAUAAAUCUUUUUGUUUUGAA